ACGCUUACUCGCUUAUUAUAAAACCCUAAUUUUCACUCCUUGUUCUUCUUCUUCACAUUCCCAAAAUCAAAACCUGAUUACAGAGUAAAAGAUUCAGAUAGAGAGAAAAUAUGGCAGAUGAUGAUUGUCAAUGCAGGCCUCUGGGUUUCUUGAUUGGAUUACCCUUCGCUCUCUUGGCCUUGGUUUUAUCCCUUGUUGGUGCAGUUAUCUGGAUUCUUGGGUCUGUGUUGAGUUGCUUGUGUCCGUGUUGCAUUUGUUGUGCUGGAUUGGCGAAUUUGGCUGUGGGACUUGUAAAGCUUCCAAUUCGGAUUGUUAGAUGGUUCACUCACCAGAUUCCUUGUUAGAUGAUCAUGUGAUUAGCACAUUCGUUUGUAGCGGUUCUUGUUGGACCUUUCUUUUUCUUGGGAUUUGCCUUAAUAAUUUGGUUUUAUUAUGAUCUUCAAUCGUUUCUGUUUGAUUCUUUCUUGUAAAAAAGUGAUUGUGCCAACAUUCAAUGAACUUGUGAUAUUGGAUAGUUGAA